GCCCAGGUUAGCCGGGAAAAGGCGCCUCUGGGGCUGCGAUCUCAUUUCCACGCCGGCCCCCUCCCAGAACCGUGAUGCCAACGCCGCUGCGAGGGACGGAGGAGAGUCGGGGUUGAACCCCAAGCCGAGUUGAGGGCCCGCACUCCUCUAAUUUCCUGGACCUACCCCCACUUGAAGAAAUGAGUGGUGGAUUGGCUCCAAGUAAGAGCACAGUAUAUGUAUCCAACUUGCCCUUUUCCCUGACAAACAAUGACUUAUACAGGAUAUUUUCCAAGUACGGCAAAGUUGUAAAGGUUACUAUAAUGAAAGAUAAAGAUACGAGGAAGAGUAAAGGAGUUGCAUUUAUUUUAUUUUUGGAUAAAGACUCUGCACAAAACUGUACGAGGGCAAUAAACAACAAACAGUUAUUUGGUCGAAUGAUAAAAGCAAGCAUUGCUAUUGACAAUGGAAGAGCCGCUGAGUUCAUCCGAAGGCGAAACUACUUUGAUAAAUCUAAGUGUUAUGAAUGUGGGGAAAGUGGACAUUUAAGUUAUGCCUGUCCUAAAAAUAUGCUUGGAGAACGUGAACCUCCAAAGAAGAAAGAAAAAAAGAAAAAAAAGAAAAUUCCUGAACCAGAGGAAGAAAUUGCAGAAGUAGGAGAAAGUGAAGAUGAAGGGGAAGAUCCUGCUCUGGACAGCCUCAGUCAGGCCAUCGCAUUUCAGCAAGCCAAAAUUGAAGAAGAACAAAGAAAAUGGAAACCCAGUUCCGGGGGCCCCUCAACGUCAGAUGAUUCAAGACGCCCGAGGAUAAAGAAAAGCAACUACUUCAGUGAUGAGGAAGAACUUAGUGAUUAAAAUUUUAUUUUUUAUGUAAAUAUAAUUAAACUUUUAAAAGUCUUGGAGCACAAAGUUCAACUGGGGACUAAAGAUGACUUUAAGAAUUUCAGCAUAUGAAUACUUAAUGCCAAAUAGUUUUCUACUAUAAAAUAGUUAAUAAGAAAUUGAAACAAUUUUAAAGUAUCAUGUUUCUAUCUGGCUUUAGCACACUCAUAAAAAUCAAAGUUUACUAGUAACCUUGAAAAGAGCUAAUUUUAAUAAAAAUAAGGAAACUUAAUAGUAUCAUAGUAAUGCUAUUGUCAUCCCAAGAAAAAAGAUAGUUAUUAAAAGGAGUUGAGAAGUCCAUUAGAAAAAGCUUCAUUUGUGUCUGACUAGUUUACAUGAGGACUUCUGAAAUAAAUUUAAUCUUUAAAACAAAAUGUCACAAAGACUGAAAAGUUGAAUGCUUUAUUGUUAAUAGUAUUAACAAGAGAAUUUUGUAUUUAAAUAUAGUGUCAUCUUAUUUCUUGUAGCUUUUAUCUCAAUCUGGAUAAGUUGUAAAUAUCCAUAAAAUAAAAAGUACAGUAGCUCUAAAAGGCUUGUAAUCAAACACAGCAGUUAUUUGUCUGCUUUGCCUACAGUACGAAAUCCCAUUCCCUAGAAGCAACCACUUAUAACUGCUUUAGCUGUUUCUUUUCAUAUGUCCAAAUAUUGCUAAAUAAACAUAUACUUAAAUGUA